CCGAGGGAGGUCUUUCCUUUCAGCGCUGCGGCCGCAGCCAUGAGUAUGCUCAGGCUUCAGAAGAGGCUUGCCUCCAGUGUCCUCCGCUGUGGCAAAAAGAAGGUCUGGUUGGACCCCAAUGAGACCAAUGAAAUCGCCAAUGCCAAUUCCCGUCAGCAGAUCCGAAAACUGAUAAAAGAUGGGCUGAUCAUCCGGAAGCCUGUGACUGUCCAUUCCCGGGCUCGGUGCCGGAAGAACACUUUGGCCCGCCGGAAGGGCAGGCAUAUGGGCAUUGGUAAGAGGAAAGGUACUGCCAAUGCUCGAAUGCCAGAGAAGGUAACCUGGAUGAGGAGGAUGAGAAUUCUGCGCCGGCUGCUCAGAAGAUACCGUGAAUCUAAGAAGAUUGAUCGCCACAUGUAUCACAGCCUGUACCUGAAAGUGAAGGGUAACGUGUUCAAAAACAAGCGGAUUCUCAUGGAACACAUCCACAAACUGAAGGCAGACAAGGCUCGCAAGAAGCUUCUGGCUGACCAGGCUGAGGCCCGCAGAUCAAAGACCAAGGAGGCUCGCAAGCGCCGUGAAGAGCGGCUCCAGGCCAAGAAGGAGGAAAUCAUCAAGACUCUGUCCAAGGAGGAAGAGACCAAGAAAUAAAACUCCCUCUCUUUUGUCUGUACAUAGUGGCCUCGGCAAUAAGACAGAUCAGUUAUUCAAUAAAACAAACUUUUAUCUGCC